CUAAUUGUCCUGUUGUCUUUCCUGUUCCCUCUGUCUACUUUUGCCAUGCUGAAUUCCAUUCACUGACUUGUUACACCCCAUGUUCGAUGCUUUCCAUCUACGUCCAUUGUCUCAGAUGCACAUCUUAUAGGCCCAAGGUUGUAUGCUAUAAUGCUAUAUACAUCUACAUCGGGAGACGUACGAGCAAGCGGACGAGGCACAGUGCUUAUUCCCAUCUUGCUCCCACCUGUUUGUCCACACCCUUUGUCGUGGACAGUCACAUAAACACACACACACACACACACCCCCGAAGAAGCCAAUGA